GUUUGCGCUCUAUUCAACACCGUCAGCUGACAGCUGUCAAAAGCUCCUCGCGUUAAUCAACACCGUAGCCAGGCGCAGAUAAAAACACAAAAAUAUUGUUUUCAUUGCGGAUUGCCAGCAAUUUAAGACAAAAUGUCGCUGACUCCCUUUUUGCGCCUGCCUUUGACCGAUCUGACUGGUUGUUUGAUUAACCACCAGACCUAUGACAAAUGCGGCAACUUUGAGAUGAAGAUGAUGGAGUGCUUCGAGGCGUAUGGCUUGGAGCGCGGAAAGAUAAAGUGCGCCGAUCUGAUUUCCGAUUUCCAGGAGUGUGUGGGCAUGCAAAAGCAACUGUUGCGUUUCCACGCUAUGCGAAACGAGCGCUACAAGCAGUGGUUGAAGGGAGAGCGCAAGGGUGAGGAGUUCUUCGCGGACCCUCCUCGCGUGGACGCCUACUAAUCUGGAAUGCUUUAUUCUUGGGUAAUCGCAUAUUGUUUAGCCUCAAAUUGUGUAAAAAUAAAGAAAUCUAAUAAUGAA